AAAAGUAAACACGCGUAGAAUGGAGUAAUGUCAACAGUUCGAAGCAGACCAGUAGCACAAAUACUCGCUCGCAGCAGAUUGUUUACGUCUACGUUUACCCAUAUUUGUGAUGAGCUAGUUUAGUGAAUUUCGCGUACUACCAUGUUCUCACAUUCCGUCUCUAAUCAGCCCAAAUGAUUCUGCUACUUGAUUCAGUAUUUCUUUGAUCAUAGUGCACAGUGUAUCGCUCAAUACAAAUAAUUACAUAAUAUUGCCCUGCAUACAGCGAGCGAGAUUUGUCCCCAAACCAAACCGACCAGCUGAACUUGUACGGUAGCAGUUUGAAUAAGGCAAAUAUGGAGGCCUUGGCAGUGACGCUAGAUCCGUACAAGGAAACCAUCGGUCUGACAGCGGCCGUCAUAACGGUGCUACAAUUUUUCAGUGGAAUGUUCGUGGUGAACGGCAUCCGGAAGAAGGGAAAUACCGACGGUUUUUCUGCCGGUCCCUUCCUAGGGGGUGCAGUAUUUUGUCUGCUGAAUAUCCAAUUUGGUCAAAUGUUACAAGACGAUGCCACCAUCAAAGUAAACUUCAUCGGGUUAGCGUUGAACGUGGUGUACAUCUGUGCUUUCUAUUUGUACACGGCUGGAUCUGCUAAGACCAAGGUUUGGGGACAAAUCGGAGUCGCAGGAGCGAUAGUCGUCGGAAUACUAUCAUACGUGCAGUAUGAAGACCCGAAGCUGGUCGAGUUUCGCUUUGGACUCAUAGUGACGGCUGUGCUACUGAUAUUGGUCGGAAUGCCACUGUUGGGACUGGGAGAAAUCUUGAAGAACAAAAGCACUGAGGGACUACCGUUCCCAAUCAUAUUAGCUGGUUCGAUAGUGUCACUAGCCUGGCUGCUUUAUGGAGUUGUCCUCAGGAGCAACUUUCUUGUAAUUCAAAAUAUGCUCGCAUUAGCACUUGGCUUAGUUCAACUCUCGUUAUUUGCUGUUUUCCCGAGCACACCAGCCAAGGAGAAAAUCAAGUCAGCCAAGAAAAUGAACUGAGACAGGUUGAAUAGAUAGGACUGAUUCGUGAUUAAUCGAUACUCGAUUUAAAGCUUUUGCAAUACUUUACUGUUUGACAAUAAUGUGCAACGGAAUUUUUAUAUAAUGUCCAAAAAAGAGAAAACACUUAAUCUUUUACUAAUUGCAAAUUUGUAUUCGGGAAUAAUUCAAACGGCUCAAAGCCCUGUUAAUAGUUUGGUGAUUAUAUACAAAGCUCAAGUUAAAUUUGUUGUAAGAGAAACGUUAUCUAUAGCCACUAUUGCGGCUGAAUUGAAGUUUUACUAAAUGAAGAUAAAACAAGACAAUAACUAAAGCGUAACACAUAAAACAAUUUCCAUAUUAGAACAUGUUCUUAGAUAUAACAUGAAAUUUUCAUAUAUGAAAAAUAGAAGCAAAAGUUGAAUAAAAACCGUGUUUUACGGAUCUUAAAA